AACACUGUCUCUAGGUGGAAGAGGCAGUUUCAAACACUUGACUAGGGUGUCCCCAAACUGCAGGGCUGGAAGCGGAGAGGAGUGAAAAACAGAGCAAACAAUGGAGACUCGAUGCAAAUUUUGGCUUCCUAAAAAGAAGAGAUUUUGUGCAAAUAUCCCCCUCAACGAAUCUUUAUUCUGUGGCAACCACACACCCAGGUCCGAUAGCCAGUGGAUUCCAUGCCCAAUAGACCCUUCUCACUCUGUACUUAAAGAGAAUCUUGAAGGACAUGUUAGAAGAUGCCCAUUACUCAAACAAGUGCAGUCUUUGACUCUCCAACCCUUUUACCAAAAAGGUAUCAAUGCUGGCAAAGAAGAGGACCAAGAAGAAUUAGAAACAUUCAGACCCGAAGGAGCUGAUGAUUUGGAAUCUUCUAAUGACCCCGUGUCGGGGUCUUUGGAUAACAUUCUUUCAGAAAUGAAGAGGAAUGCUGUUUAUAGUAUGACUGUACUUGAUUUCUAUAAAUUAAUUGAGAAAAUUGAGCAUGUUCAUGAAUCUAUAUGCAAGGAUAUUCAGGACUCAUAUAAGGUACCGGAAGCUUGUGGGAUAUGGAUUAAACGAGAGGUUGACAGAAAAUUGCCAUUUCAAGAGAAACAUGUUAUGCAGCAGGUGUCCAUUCUUGGGAACUUGGAAGGGCUUGGUGUAUUGAAGAGUUCUCUAGGAAAGGAGAGGGCAGAUUAUGAUGAUGGCACUGGUAUCCCUGCGGUGGUUGAGUUUGGAGCCGGGAGGGGAUACUUGACACAGAUGCUGGCAGAUUGUUAUGGGAUAAAAAAGGUCUUUCUGGUUGAAAGAAAAUCAUACAAGUUAAAGGCAGAUCGAUCCUUGCGACAGAAAGAGAGCUUGAUAUUGCAACGUUUGAGAAUUGACAUUGAGGAUUUAAACUUGAAUGCCGUUGAGUCAUUGCGGGAAGAUCCUUACAUUGCUAUUGGUAAACAUCUUUGUGGGCCUGCAACAGACCUGACUUUGAGAUGUUGCCUUGGUGAACACUGUAAUCAAAGUAAUGCUGAAUUGCAGAGUGUUAACCCAAACCUGAGAGGUGUAGCUAUAGCAACAUGCUGCCAUCAUCUCUGCCAGUGGAAGCACUACAUAAAUAAGAAAUAUCUAUUAGAGUUGGGAAUCUCAAAAGAGGAAUUUCAUGCAAUUACUUGGUUUACUAGUUGGGCUGUAGAUGCUGAUCAUGGUGCCGAUCUCCCAGAUGUUACUGAUUGCAAAUUGCAUCUUGAAUCUAUUGAAAAGAAGCAAUGCGGUGAGGAUUAUGGAGUUGAUGACAUUGUGAGAAAUAUGAAGGCAGUUGAAAGGGCUGUGUUAGGGUUUAUUUGCAAGAAGAUUAUAGAUAUGGGUAGGUUGAUGUGGAUGAAGGAACAUGGCUUAGACGCAGAGUUUGUCAAAUACGUCCCAUCCAGCGUUUCUCCUGAAAACCAUCUAUUGAUUGGUAGAUGCCCAAAUCAUUUGUGAGAUGCCAUCUCCUUUUUUACUUUAAUUCAGAUUGUUUGUAAUGUCUACAAUUUAGUGAAACCAUCUUCUUGUGUUGAACUUUUACGUUCAGAAAUUCUUCUUUCUCUUGCUUUUGGACUAGUAUUAAACUUUGAUACCUCUCGCAUGCAAAAACAAAACAACCCCCCAUUUUUUUGUUUUUUUGGGUCCACUCGACAUAAUGUAAUCCUUUUGCGUUUGUCUUCUUCGUCGGAUAACAUAAUAAAAUGCUUCUUGUCUUGGAAAUGUCAAAAAAACAGAGGAAAUGCUACGUCAGCUCAUACGCAGAAAAUCUCAAACAUAUCAAAUUCAAACACCACCAUCCCCACUACUAUCUUUCUCUCCACGAAAUCCAUCCACCUUAAAGCCAUCUCCUUCAUCUUCAAUUCUCUCUCAACUCUCACAUAUCACAAUGACCGACCCCAAAGGCACUGUCGUCUUCUCCACUGUAGGCAGGCCCCACUACGGCUUCGACCUUUUCUCACUCCCCCUCCACUCCUCCUCCAAUAAUCUCGCCCCAGAGCA